AUCUCUCGUCUUGUGUGCGCGCAUGCUUGCUCGCCCGGCUUCGCCGAUCGCGUCGUUUCGAAAGUCUUACGGUACUUGCGAAGGCAAGUCUAUCAUCGCGACAAGCGCGUGCAAAAUCGUGUUAUUCUGUGCCGAGUGUCUUUGUCUUUUCAAAGAAAAUCGGGAGGAAAGCCGAGCGCGAGUCGCGACGAAGCCGUGCGAUCUUCAGAGCGAUAGACAGAGGAGGGGAGAGAGAGAAAGAGAGAGAGAGAGAGAGAGAGAGAGAGAGAGUUAAAGAGAGGGGUUAUCUCGGCCGGGGCUAUAUAGGACGAUUCAUACGACACGAUACGGCUUCGCGGAACGCUCGGUGGAUGAUGCAAUCCACGAUCCUGCUCGCCUAAGGAAGGAAAAGUCCGCGAUGACGUUAACGGUAACGGCGCGAUUCUGAGACGACCUGCCUUGCCCCUCCCCUCGCCUCACCUUAUUCUUGCCUGCCUCGCCUCACUUCGUCCCGUUCUCACCUCGCGCUUCUCACACCUUAUCUCAUCCUUACCAUAGUGAUUCCUGGCGCAAUGGUGUGCGCGCGAAUCGUUGACGGACUUGGCGGGAGCAGCCUGUAACUCGUAACAGCAGCUGGUGAUAUUCGCGCGAGUACACGUGGGAAAGGAAGAGGAGAGGUGGGCCGGAGAAGAGAGGAGUCGAGUUCAACAGAAAGAGAGAGAGAGAGAAGCUAGAUCCAUCUCGGGUCUCCGACAGCGACCAUGCGGCCCUUUGGGAUAUCCUCGAAACGGUCGUCCGUCGUCAGCGAAAAAGACAUGAGUAUCCUUCUCUUCAACGGAUUCCUCCUGCUGGGCUUUGUCGUGGCUACGGUACCGGAUGUUCUGGUGUUGGGUUCACCCGGCGCCACGCAAAUCAUGGAUCGGGAUCCGUCCGUGAAGAAGUGCCGCUACAACAGGCCCUACUCGAUGCUGGAGGCACGAUGCUCGAAUUUGGAAUUGCACGAAAUCCCGACAAAUUUGAAGGCGGACAUACAGGUGCUGGAUGCUACCGUGAAUCGAUUGAGGGAACUGACAAACGACAGUUUGACUCCUUACAAGAGUCUAGCCUUCAUCUACCUAGCUGACAAUUUCAUUCAGAAUAUCGAGGAAGCAGCCUUCGCUAAUCAACUUUAUCUGGAGGUGCUGGAUCUCUCGCAGAAUGGUUGCGACAAUUUGCCCAAGAAUCUCUUCCAAUUACCGUAUCUCCGCACGCUGUACCUCGGUUACAACAAACUCACCGAUUCGGUAUUCAAGGUAAAGGUCACCUCACCCCUCAAGAUGCUACAAUUGACCAAGAACAAGCUCACCAGGAUCCCGAAUUUAGGCGCCCUGCCAACUCUCAUUAAUCUCAACGUGUCCGACAAUGUCAUCGUCUCGGUCAGCACCGAGGAUUUGGCGCCAUUGUGCUCGCUGAAGACACUUGAUUUGUCCAGGAAUAUCAUUAGGUUCAAUCUUGGCAGUUGCGAGUGUCAGAUGUUCAACGCCUGGGUGAAGCUGCGGCAGAUCAAGAUCAAGCCUGAUGAUUUCUACAAUUGCACCGAUUCACUGGCCGAAGAUUGCGCCAAUAUGGAAUUCAGCAAUCGGACGUACGAGCUGUACAAUGAAUGCUCAGCCAUCAUACAACAGGAGGUAGAGACUGAGAAGGCUCGAUCGGCAUGGAUACUGGUGGCCUCGUGCGUCUCGGUGUUCCUCUUCGUGGUCUUCGUGACGCUGUUUUGCGUGCACAAGCGGAAUCGCAGGCGACGCAGGAAGCAGAAGGAGCAGCAGCAGUUAACGGCGAACAACGCCAACACCGAACUGCUCAACAGCAAUCUGACGGCGGGUAAUUCGUGAAAUAAUUGCCAGAAAAAUGUACAACAGUAGAAGCGUGUAAUGGCUCUUUUGUGUCAAUGAUGAGAAUAGAAUUCUACGCGUUCCGGAGGGGAUGAAAGUUUUAAUGUAUUCACUUUGAGAAGUAAUAAAAACGACGUUCGAAAUAUUCAAGAAAAAACUGUUGGUGUUUAUUGAGAGUUUAAUCGACGAAUUUACAGAGAAUUUAAUCGGAUAUAUCUGCGGUUAUGUGCCUAAGUUUGUAUCUGAUCAUUAAUACACAUCGCAAUGUUCAAUAAACAUAAGAUUAUAUAGAAUACUGCUCCUGGCGCGAUUGCCAUUUUGAACAAUAUUACAAGUUUUUGAGAAAAAGUGAGAUAUUAUAUAGCCUCUUGAAAAACGCGAACGACGCGAUAUAAAGGCGUUAUCAUUCAGAAGCCGAGAUAUCGAGCAAAAUAUGUUGGAAUGGUACUUAUUGUUACAGAUUACUUAAGACUUUAAAAAGAGGAGAGCAGCUUUAUCGAAAGUAAUCAACAAUAAUAAAGAAGACAGCUGCGCGGAGAUUAUACUUAUAAGAUAUAAACGCGUUAACUUAUAAAAUGUGUAAAUGUUCUAUAUUGUGUUCACACAUAUAUAAUGGUUACGAUAUUUACAUAUAAGAUCUAUGUGAAUGUGCGGCGAAUUUUCAAGAAACUCUGCGUGUUUGAACGAAUAUUAUCCCACUAUAUUCUCUUCGCGACGAUAUGUAGGAAAUCUCGAUGUUGAUUUCUUCGAUGUCGGUCGAAUGAAUCUCAAAACCGAUCGCUCAAUGUCGUCGCGUGCUUUUUGUCGAUGUAAUAGCAUUGCGAAAGCGUGCAUUUAUUAUACGGUUUAUAUGGUACUUAAGCAGAAUUUUCUCCCUUGGAGGACUUUGCGACGCCAAAGUGGAUUUUUUUUAUAUCCAAGUGUCGAUAAUUUUAUUUACUUCCUAUUGGAAAACUUUUCUUACUUACAAUUUUGCAAAUAUUUUUAUUUAUUUCUAAUCAAUCAGCUUAAAUAGCUUUAUUUAUUAAGUUUAGUAUCUCUACUCGAAACUUUUUUGUGUAUUUAUUUGUAAAGAUAUAUGUACGCAUAUUAUAACAGGACCUAUGCACUUAUUUCUUUGAGCUAUGAUCAACAUUUCUCUUCUUUCUGUUUCUUUAAAGCAUUUCUAUUAUGCAAAUAUGUAUGUAUAUUAUUGUAAAUUGCUAUACAUAUUUAGAGGAUAAACAAUUAAGUUAUAUAUAUAUAUAUAUAUAU